AUGGAGUGGAAAACCAUUAAAAAAAUAACGUUUCUUGUAUUGGCUUGGGUUUUCUUUCCAAUCGUAUCGGUCGCAAUUUGUCAAACUGAUGCCCCACAAACACAGUCAAAAGUGCCUUUAAAUCCCAAGCGAGUUUAUAAGGUAACUACUUACCUCCUCACUUGUCUAUACGAAAAUUUGACGGGUCCGUUUAUACCGUCAAUACUUCAAUAUGGAUGGCACAAGUUGUCAAGUGAAAGAAAGAGAACAUCCGUAAGGAAAAAUAUUCGUUACGGUCCUGGUCAUCGAAAUCGUUUGGACAUUUAUCUUCCUGAUCGCGUCUCGACCACGGUAUUUAUGAAUAAUAAAAUAUACAAUGACAAUAUGGGACAGCCCGCCUCCCAUUCUACACCUAUUCCAAACCAGCAACAAAAUGAUACUCCCGUUAUCAUAUUUAUUGGAACAUCAUGGAAUUCUGUCGAUCAAGAUGAUCAUCAUUUACGUAAACAUCACAUGUAUCAUUCAUACCUAUUCUUCAAUUUAACAGGAAACAGAGCGACUUGUAUGCCAGUGGCUCAUAAUCUUCAAAGUCAAGGAUAUAUUGUGAUCGUUCCUGAUAUAACCCUAUAUCCGAACGGAAGGAUUGCUAAUAUGGUUGCAGAUGUUCAAAAGUGUAUUAGUUGGACACAUACUCAUAUCAGUUCAUUUCGAGGCGAUCCCUCCCAAAUUUACCUUAUGGGUCAUGGUGCUGGCUCGCUUUUAUCAGCUUUAACCAUCGUUCACGACGCCUGUGCCACGUUAAAUGUUCUUCCUUCUAAUAACACCGACGUAAAUAUUCCUGUAUGGGACAACAUAAGAAGGACUACACUACCAAGAGUUCAAGGUCUAAUAUUAUUUUCGGGGGUAUACGAUAUAACUUAUUAUUACGCGUAUUUAUAUCAAAGAGGUCUUGAACAAGUUCAUGCCUUACCAAGAGUUAUGGGCAAUAAACCCGAAGCUUUUCUUCAAUGCUCACCAACAUAUUUAUUAAGCCAUGCACUCGAUCGUGUUCAAAAUAUCGAACAAUUAAAAGCGUUAUUACCACGUAAAGUAGUAUUAAUUCAUGGAGAACAGCAGGAUACUUUUAGUCCAGCAAUAACAGCUCGUAAUUUCUAUUUCUUACUUGAUUCAGCAGGAAUUCCAUCAGUACAACUUAAGAUAUAUAAUAAUAUUAAACAUAUCAGUCCAAAAAUUGAUCUUAUUGUUCCAACCAAAUCUUUAUGCGUAAAGUUAUUAGAAGAUGUUAAAGAAUGUUGUAAAGGACAAGGUGAAGUUGUGAUUGUUGGCGGUAAAUUAAAGGAGAAAAGAGAUGAAAGUGAAGAAGAAAUUAUUGAGGAUAACGUUAAGAGAAGAGGAAGUUCAAGAAGAAAGUCUCAAGUUAGACGUUAA